CCCGCUCCUGUGUGGCGGCCGCCUGAGGAGGGGCGCCCAUGAGCCGCUGCGGGGCGGGCGAGGGGAGCCGAGCCAUGGAGCCGCGGCUGUGAGGAGCCUCCCCCGGCCCGGGCCCCGCCUGUGGGAAGCCGCCGGGCCGAGGCCGGAGCCGGAGGACAUGGACAAACUGACCAUCAUCUCAGGAUGCCUCUUCCUGGCCGCAGACAUCUUCGCCAUCGCCAGCCUGGCCAACCCGGACUGGAUCAACACCGGCGAGUCCGCGGGUGCUCUCACUGUUGGCCUUGUGCGACAGUGUCAAACCAUUCAUGGACGUGACAGGACCUGUAUUCCCCCCCGGUUGCCUCCGGAGUGGAUCACCACCUUAUUUUUCAUCAUCAUGGGGAUUAUUUCACUGACUGUCACAUGUGGCCUGUUAGUGGCUUCCCACUGGCGAAGAGAAGCAACCAAGUACGCCCGCUGGAUAGCGUUCACUGGAAUGAUCCUGUUCUGCAUGGCAGCCCUAAUAUUCCCAAUAGGUUUUUACAUCAAUGAAGUUGGAGGCCAGCCUUACAAACUGCCGAACAACACCGUGGUUGGAUCAUCCUACGUACUCUUUGUUUUAUCCAUUUUCUUUACAAUAGUUGGACUUCUAUUUGCUGGCAAAGUGUGCUUACCUGGCUGAUGAGUGUCUACAUGAGCUUCACUCGGUCAUGAAGGAGAGGAGAGCGUCCAGCGCAUUCUCAAGAGGGUGCCUACGUCGGGCUGUCGUGGUCUUACCGUAAACAAGGAGGUCUCUGAUGUGGUCUCAUUAUGCACUUUGAUUAUUUUUUUAAUUGAAAAAAAGAUACGUGGAGAGCCUUUCCCAUAACCAAAUACAGCCAACUUUGACUUGUCCUCCUGAGCGCCUGGAAGGAGUCAGGCGUGCACUGUGAUAAGAAAUAAGCAGAGUAAGAUACUCGACAGCCGAGCGGAGAAAGAUUCUCAACAACUGAGCAACAUCUUUUGCCCCCACCAUCACUGUACUGUGCCAGUUUUUAAAUGUCUUGACAGUUUUGAAAGUCUCAAAAAAAGAAGAAAAAAAUGUAUUUAUGAACUUUGGUCGACCAGAGGUUUGCCAAGGGUGUUGAAGUGGGGCUGGCCUCACUGCUUAGCAGAUUAGCAUCUUCCUUCUGUGACAGGCAUUUGCCAUCAAAACAAAAAUAGAAAUGUCAAUUUCAUGUUAGCUGCACCCCGAAGCCAAGAGAUCAAAAGAGAUUCUUGGAAAUCUGUUAAAACAAAAUUUAUGCCCUCCCCUCUUCCCUUUGUCUGCCCUCAUGAGCAGUAGGAAAUACCAAGGAAUGCUGGGGGUGGGUGGAAGAAGGGGGUUCCUUCUUUUAUGUUUAUAUAUAUAUAUAUAUAUGUUGCUCAUGCAGUAUACUGAAUGUUUAUACAUAUAUAUGUAUAUAUAUAUAUACAAAUGCACAAAAACACACAUUUUCUGGAAGAGAACUCCAAGCGCUUUGCUAGUGCAACACUGUGGUGUGCAAAACUCAAUAGGAUUUUAAAAAAGGAAAACACACACACACACACACACACACACACACACACACAAAGCCAUUUCUUCUGAAGGCUGCCCAGCUGACAAGCCUUCAGUUUACCUCAAUCUUUGUAGCAGCCCUUGAUUUUAACAGGUCUGUUUCUUUUCACUUUUCUGUACUAAGGUACAAACUCUAUGCCUUUCUAGGUGCAGUUUUAAGUUAAGCUAAGUUUUCUGUGUACGGUAAUUUAUUUGUGUGUUGCAGAGAAUAAAAGGCAACAUCAUGUCAUAACACUCAAAGGCCAAACCCCACCAAUGGGAUAAUGCACUCCUUUAAAUUAUGAGCAAUUGUUGUAUUCUAGGGGUGGGUCUCUUUUCCAUCUCUCCCUGUCCCCUGUGCCAGAUUUUUGGCUUUACUUGUUACAUUCAUGUGAGUUUCUACCCCCCAGAAUAUUUGCCACAGAAAAUGAUCUCUGACUGUGUAACUUGAGCUGCUGUAGUAAAAGCUACUGCAAAAGAGGGAGUGCAGUGAGAAAGUAUUAAAUGAAAUUCACCAUGGUUACCAAGGGGGCCGAUCUGGUCACCCGAUGCCCCAUGUCUUGUCCUGGCGUACAGAACUCAUAUAACUGGGCUCUUGCAAUUCCUAGCAACAAAUGUCCCUUUUGUAUUCACUUGGAACCCAGUAUUACUGAGUUAAAAUGCGUCAGUUGCUGAGCGGAAGUAGCCAGUCCAGUAGCUGGAAUUUUUAGAAUUAAAUGCAGGUGCUUGGGUACUUUUCAACAAAAUGGGGGGGGGGGGUUACAGCACAUUGCCAUCAACCUGAGGGUGCAUCCACCUACGGCGAACAUGUCAUUUAGUUUGGGCUUCUUUGGUGUGUCAUAGGAGUAGCGUUAGGUGGUCUGUCAGGCACCAGUGGCCAAUGCCAUGCUGGGCAGAAAGUGAAAGUCACUAAAGAAUUUCUCUUUCAAGCAUGGAGAUAAAUCCCCUGACAAAGGCCAAAGUCCAUGCGUAGGUUGCUCCACCCCCACCCCCCGGCAGGUUUUGAGGUUUGGGAUUCUCAGCAGCGGUCGAAUGGGGUACAGUUUGUAAAUGAUGUGCAAAUCAUGCUAACUUUCCCAUCACAGUAUUAUUGCAAGGGUGUAACUUGGCAUUGUGUCGGAUUUACCUCUGUAGAAUCUAUGGCUGAUUCUCUGGUGUCAUUUUCUGCUUUUUCCCUGUUUGUCCAAGCCAGAGCUCAUGAACACACAUGUAUUCUUGGAGCUUUCUGAAAAUAUACUCCUGCCCUGGACUUUCUGGUUUAGAUUUGAAUGAUUUCCAUAUUUGUAUAUUGCUGAGGGAAGAUUGGGUCUUAGCAGGACAUUCCUCCCAGCAUUCUGGGGGUUUCCAGAGCGUUUUUGAGGGUUAAUUACCCCCCCCCCCCAAUUAAGUUCUUGCAGAAGGACUGGUACUUAACACUGAAAGACAUGAUUAAGUUCUCACUUUGGGUACCCUAAGAUUGCUUAAAAAUGACUCCUCCUCCAAAAGGCUAGCUGUAAAUAGUUCCACAGGAUAAUUUUGGAGCCGGUGCUGUCUCAGUUAAGCUCCCUUCCUGGGACUGCUAGCCAAGCUGGGUUCGGUUGUUGCCAGUGUACUCAUUGGCUUUAAGCAGCAGCCGAAUGGCAGAAAGAGGCCGGCCAAGCGUCCUCAGUUGCUUUAUCCUGUCACAGGAAAUGUGUUACUUGCUUGAAUUUUUGCAGGCAAGUCUGCUUUUAAAAGAACAAGACCAGGGCUAAAAAAUGAAAGUUUGGCAAUCCUGGUCCUCCUCUCCUCACCCCCCCCCCCCCGGCCACCAAACAUUGUGUGUCUUGCCCGAAUUGUGUCCCCUUGAUACCUAGGUGUUAUUUGCAAGUAGAAUGCAGAGAGCACUUACGGUAGCAGAGCAAGAUCUGGGCCCAGUAGCACCUUAAAGACCAACUAAAUUUC